AUGCGCGGCCCUUGUCCCUUUAAUGCAUUUCUGCAGGCAAGCAAACUCGUAUCGCUCGGUGCAUGCGGCCAGCGUCGGCCUCAACCAAAUACCUACCUUACCUACCUCGGCGACCUCUCCAUCGGAAGUCCAGCCGAACUUGUCAACCCCAGGCGGCAACCAGACCGCAUCAUGUCGGCUCCGGCCUGCAGCCUACGGGCUACCAACCUAGCCAGGCAGCUUCGACUUGCACAACCCAGGGUCACAUCAGCUUUUACAUCCCGCACUCGGGCGAUAUCCACAAGAAGACCCUUCCACUCGACGAAUACACCACGCGAGCCCGAAAAUUCCAACCAACGUACACAAUGGCAGACCAAGCACCACAACAACCAGACAAACGACUCUCGUGGGGGACACCAGAAAAGCCAAAAUGUCCUCCUGGCCGGGGCGUCUGGUGCAAGUCUGGUUGUACUUGGUGUCGCCGUAUCCAACCAUGAGUCUGCAGAGGGGCCCCAACCCACAGGCGAAGACCAGAUACACGCUUCGCCUGCAGAUGGUCGCGACCCUUCUCGGCCCCGACACCGGCUGUCCGACAUCCGGGAGCAACAUGGACCUGGUUCAAAGAACCCUUGGGUUACGUUUGAGGACAAGGUCUACGAUAUUACAGACUGGGUUGGUGCACACCCAGGCGGAGAUGUGAUACUAAGAGCCGCAGGUGGCUCAAUUGAGCCCUAUUGGGACAUAUUCACGAUACACAAGGCCACUCAUGUGCGUGAGAUUCUGGACCAGUACAUGAUAGGCUACAUCGCCAUUGAGGACCUGGACCAGAGAACCGGCCGGCCAGCGGCUGAGGCCAUAGAAGAUCCUUUUUCAACAGACCCUGAACGAGACCAGCGCUUGAUCAAGCACACGGCCAAGCCUUGCAAUGCCGAGCCGCCGCCAGAGGAACUCGGAAAGGAUUUCAUCACCCCGCCCGAGCUUUUCUAUGUGCGCAAUCACAUGUGGGUCCCCGUGGUGAAGGAGGAUCAGGCAGAUGAUCAUGCUUUGACCAUAGAGCUUCCAGAUGGGGAAGAACGCGUCUACACGCUGGCUGAGUUGCGCUCUCGGUUCCGUCUUCACCGUGUUACGGCUGCCCUUCAGUGUAGUGGGAACAGGCGGAGCGACAUGACUUCCUCAACCGCCGCCACCAAUGGCUUGCAGUGGGGCGUGGGAGCCAUCUCUAACGCGAACUGGGAGGGCGUGAGACUGGCCGAUGUUCUUUUGGAUGCGGGACUGAAGCCGGCGCAGCUCGCACCAACUGAGAUGACAACAGACGGGAAGGGCGACGCAGACAGUGAAAUGCAUGUGCAAUUUUCUGCACUCGAGGCCUACGGCGCAUCAAUCCCACUCUCAACGGCCCUGGACCCGCGAGCAGACGUCCUCCUUGCUUUCGGCAUGAACGGGAAGCCAUUGCCUCGUGAUCACGGUUACCCGCUGCGAACUAUUGUUCCCGGCCAUGUAGCUGCCCGUUCCGUCAAGUGGCUCAACAAAAUUGUUGUCAGCGACGAAGAAUCUCCAAGCCAGUGGCAGCGCCGUGACUAUAAAUGCUUUGGACCCAACGAGGGCUCGAAACCCGACUGGGAUCGGUACCCUGCGAUCCAGGAGAUGCCCAUCACUAGCGCUACAACUGGUGUUUGGGUUGGCGAUUGUGUCCGGGCGGCAGCUGCUGCAGCAAAGUCGGGCACGGAGUGGAUGUUGCGGCGGACAGAUGAAGCUCGUGCCGCGCCUGGAGUACGUGAUCUACCGGCCUGGCAACGCGAGCACCUCCACUCAAAAGAUCACAAAUAUGCUCCCAAGAUGGAUGGUCCCGAGGGUGGCGUACCCGUGGCUUUGACGGGGUAUGCUUACUCUGGAGGCGGGAAACAUAUCAUUCGAGUUGAUGUCAGCAUCGACGGAGGCAACACCUGGGCUCAAGCUGAGCUCCUUGAUGACUGUGGACCUGGAGGCAAAAACUGCAAAGGCUCAAAAUACUGGGCUUGGAGACGUUGGCGGUACGUUGGCAGUUUGCCCGAGCUCCACGAAACUCAGGGGGACAAAAAGUGCACGACUAUUCUGGUCAAGGCCACCGACUCGGCCUACAACACUCAGCCGGAACAGCACACGGGAAUAUACAAUGUCCGUGGAAAUUUAGCCACGGCUUGGCACCGGCUUCUCAUAUGUCCGUCAUGCGUCAAAAAGCCCGAUGGAAAGACGACUUGGUGCACCGGCAACGGAGUCUAUGGCUCUGGCUUCUCCAAGCCGGAGGCGACCGUGACCAAAGCGUGA